CCUUGCAAAAAGAGAGGGAGGGGAGCACAGGCAAGGGUAGGUGAAAUCCAGAAUAAAAUCACAUUGCUAGAUAACUCACGCCUCCCUCCUCGCACACACACACUCACUCACACACACACAUACACACACACACACACAGACUCUUUCUCCUCCUCCUCCUCUCGCUGAAGGUGGGUAGCAGGAGCCAUGCAACAUCUGCAGAACCGGAUGGCAAAAGAGCAGGAGGAAAAAUAAUCCAAGUGGAGUGCUCAGGGGACACCGAGUUCCCUUUUUCUUUUUCCUUUUUUAAUUUCUUCUUCUGUGUACCUGUGAGAUUCGAUUUCACAUUUUACUGAGCCCAUUUGGGGGCAUUUUAUUUUUCUUUCUCUUGGGAUUUUCUCCAUUGCCAGAGGAUGUCUCUUGUUGAGAGGAUGCUGAAAGGAAGAAGAAACGAAUUCUUUGACUGGCAUUGAAGGUGGGGGGGAUAUUUUUCCCCCGCAUUUUUUUUUUCAUUAUUCCUUUUCUUUAGGAAAUCAUUAACGGGGGGGGGUUGGUUUCUUUUUUCCCUCCCCCCCUUUUUUUGGAGGGGGAUUUCAGAAGAUCCAUCCUUCUUUCCCCUCCCCUCUAAGGAUUUUUUUCCAUCCUUCGUCUUUGUGGAAAUGUGGACAUUUCAGGCAGGCAGAUUGAGUGGAAUUGUCUCUGCUUUAGCAGCGCUUUGUCUCGCCUGCUGUGCGCAAAGCCCCUCCACUGGGAAUAUUUCCGUGGUGAAAGAGAUUGUGGACAAAUUGCUGAAGGGCUAUGACGUUCGCCUCCGGCCUGACUUUGGAGGUAACCCUGUCACAGUGGGAAUGAGCAUCCAUAUCUCCAGCAUUGACCAGAUCUCAGAAGUCAAUAUGGACUACACCAUCACCAUGUACUUCCAGCAGAGCUGGCGGGACAAACGUCUAGCGUACAAUGACCUUCCUCUCAACCUGACGCUGGAUAACAGGGUGGCUGACCAGUUGUGGCUGCCUGAUACCUAUUUCCUGAAUGACAAGAAGUCCUUUCUGCAUGGGGUGACAGUGAAGAAUCGCAUGAUUCGGCUGCAUCCUGAUGGGACUGUCCUCUAUGGCCUGAGGAUCACCACCACGGCCGCCUGCAUGAUGGACCUGAGGAGGUACCCCUUGGACCAGCAGAACUGCACACUGGAGAUCGAGAGUUAUGGUUAUACAGUUGAUGACAUUGUCUUCUUCUGGCAAGGAAACGAUUCUGCUGUCACGGGGAUGGAGGUGCUAGAGCUGCCCCAGUUCACCAUAAUUGAGCAGAGGCUGGUCAGCAGGGAAGUGGUCUUCACCACUGGUUCAUAUCUCCGCUUAUCCUUGAGUUUCCGGAUUAAGAGGAACAUUGGUUACUUCAUCCUCCAGACUUAUAUGCCAUCCAUCCUCAUCACCAUUCUGUCCUGGGUUUCCUUCUGGAUCAAUUAUGAUGCUUCUGCUGCACGAGUGGCACUGGGGGUCACCACGGUGCUUACUAUGACCACCAUCAACACCCAUCUACGGGAGACCCUCCCUAAGAUCCCUUACGUCAAGGCUAUUGAUGUUUAUCUCAUGGGUUGUUUUGUCUUCGUGUUCCUGGCACUCUUGGAAUAUGCUUUUGUCAACUACAUAUUCUUCGGGCGAGGCCCCCGGCAGCAGAAGAAACAGAGUGAACGGAUCAGCAAGGCCAACAAUGAGCGCCACCGUUAUGAGGAGAAGAGGGUGAGAGAGCAGGUUGACCCUUACGGUAAUAUCCUCCUCAGCACUCUGGAGAUGAACAACGAGCUGCUGGCCACGGACAUGAUGAGCAGUGUUGGCGACUCUCGAAACUCUGUCAUGUCCUUCGAAGGCUCAGGAAUCCAGUUCCGCAAGCAGCUGGCCUCUCGGGAUGGAUUUGGUCACCACGCAACCCUAGACCGCCACGUCCCACUGACCCAUCACACUGCAGCCCGCAACCGUGCCAAUUGCCGUCUCCGCCGACGGUCAUCUAAGCUGAAGCUCAAAAUCCCAGACCUGACAGACGUCAGCACCAUUGACAAGUGGUCACGAAUCAUUUUUCCAAUCACCUUUGGAUUCUUCAACCUUGUUUACUGGUUGUACUAUGUAAAUUGAUGCCUGCAGCCUCCAAAAGAGAUAGGGACAGACACUCAGACAAUGACAACACGGGAGUGUUGUGGUCUUUUGGGUUUGGGUUUUACUCUUUACUAUCAUUAUCAUUUAUUCCUUUGAUUCAUUAGAUUUAUUCUAAGCUUACUCUUCUCUUUUCAGCACAUGUAGAACCACUGAGUGUGGGGGGGAUGAGGGAGAGAAGGGUGUAAGGGAGGGCUUUUGGUUUCAGGGAGGGAUGUGUUUGUCUCAAUUUUGGUUUCCUGCCAAUGGACUUAAACCAUUGUAAAAACAAAAACAAAAACAAAAAAAGAAAAACCAAAAAAGAAAG